AUGACGGAUACUGAUGACCCUGGCCAUUACCUUGGUCUUCCAACCAUGUGGGGCAGAUCAAAGAAGGAUGCUCUUAGUUUUGUUAAGGACCGGUUAUUAUGCAAAGUUCAAGGAUGGAAGCAAGGCCUCCUUUCACAAGCUGGAAGGGAAACUCUUAGCAAAUCUGUUGCUCUUGCUAUUCCCACUUAUCCCAUGUCUAUUUUUCUAUUUCCCAAGGGUUUCUGCAGUGAGCUUGAUGCUCCUAAGAGUGCCAGAGCUUCUUGGGCAUGGUCCAGCUUGCUUGCUGGAAGAGAUCUCAUCCUUCGUGGAGCUCGCUGGCAAAUUCUUGAUGGUAGUAGAGUUCACCUUUGGACUGACAAGUGGCUCCCUUGCGUUGCUAAUCCUAUCCUCCGUCCCACUGAUGGAAGCACAAGAGAUGAUACUUUGAUGGUCUCUACUAUUAUUAACCCCAUUUCUAUGCAAUGGAACCUCAGUAGCAUUUGUGAUGCCAUUUCUGAUCGUGAUCUAGAAAUUUUUUUGACUCUCCCCUUAGGUGACGGAAGUGAAUCUGAUCGUGUCAUUUGGCCCUUGAACCGCAAUGGUGAUUAUUCUGUGAAAUCCGGUUACCACCUUAUUCAUUCUGGCGACUCUUCCAAUGUUCACUUGUGCCCUUCUAGUCUUCAUGCUCCUACUAAUGUUCUUCGGAAAGCUUUUGAAUCUUUGGAGCACUUAUUCCUUUUAUGCGGUUCGGUCAAGUUGGUUUGGUUUGGCGUCCCCAUGAACUAUUGUGUUGAUAGGCAACGUGCCACCUCUAUGGCCGAGUGGCUUUACGAAGUGUUUGGACCUUAUAGUUCAUUAUGUGUUGACAGAGCCUGGAUUAUUUACCACGUGGCCUAUACUUGUUGGGGCAUUUGGCGUAGUCGUUAUGCAAAGAUCUUUGAUGGCAGUCCCUUGUGUCCAAGACAAACGCUGUCUCAUAUAAAAUGCAUGAUCUCUGAUUUUGAUCUGCUGAAAGAUGUUUCUCAUCCCAUGCACCAACCUGGUACCACCUUUACCAUUGAUGAUGUUUGGUCCCCCCCGCCUGCUGCUUGGUGCAAGUUAAAUGUGGAUGCUAGGUGGACAACGACUCAUCCUGAUGCUGGUCUUGGAGUGGUAAUUCGAAAUUCUUGUGGUGUGUUCAUGGGUGGUUUUGCUGCCUGUAAAAUUGCAAAUUCGGUUCUUGAAGCUGAAGCCCACGCAGCUAUUGCUGGUUUAUCACUUGAGGCUGAGAUGGGUCUGGCAAAUGUUAUCAUUAAAUCGAACUCUCAAGUGCUUGUGAAUUGCUCAAGGGGCAAAAUUUGUAAAGGAAUUUGGUCCAUCUACCCCAUCCUUUCUACCAUUAGAAGAUGCUGCAACAAUUUUAUCUCUUGUGAUUGGCGAUGGAUCUCUUGCCAGGCCAAUAGGGCCGCUGACGCCGUUGCGGCUAUUGCUAGGAGGACAAAGUGCGAUAGGCUUGGCUUGACAGACCCCCCCUCUUCCCUUGUGUUUGUUCUUCAAUCGGAUGGUCUGCCUUGCCCCAUGUUAAUCUCCUUCUUUUGGCUAGAGGCGGACAUGCUCCUUUGGUAA